AUGAGGAACAAUAAGAGAGUUUCUUGGGUUGAACUAUUUGCUAACAAUAGGAACCCUCAGUGCUGUGGAACAAUUCCAACUUUUGCUUCAGAUGGUGCUGGUGCUUGCAUUCAAGCAUCUGAACUGAUUAACUCAGUUGGUAUUUCUAACAAACACUUGGUGGGCUACUUCACUAGUAAACACCCAGAGUUGUGGACUCCAAUGGCCUUUGGGAAAAAUUGUUCAGAGAUUGGAAGGCCACUAUUUGCAGAUAAAUUAACAACAAAUAAGGAUAGGCUUUCAUGCGCUCAAAUUCUUGUUAAAGUUGACAUUGCUAAGGAAGUUAAACAUAGUGUCAAGAGCAUUUCUGCAAACCUAGGAAAGAAAAUGAGGGAACUUCGGGAGUUAAAAAUAAAAGGGAAAGGUGUUGUUCCUGAGGUUAAUUUUGGGAAAGUUAAUACUAAAGUUGAUGAUGCUGCACGUAAUCAGCAGGAGGAUGAGGGAUUAGGUGGUAUUCAGAAUCAAGGAAUAAAGGCUUCUACAGCAAAUAAAAGUAAGGAGGUUUUUGUUGUAGCUAAGACGUCAUUCAAGGAGGACAACUUGGUGGAGGUUUCUGUUGUAGCUGUCCCAACAAGGUCAUCCGGAAAUGAAAUUGCAAAUAGUCCCACCAAAGACAAGGGUAAGAUCAUAAGUAAAGACUCGAAGGCUGUAAAAGAGAAGGGAAGGGCCAUUGAAGAGGGAUUUGUGCAAGUGAAGAGCAAGAAGAAAACAAAGAUGGGUAUGGUGAACAACCUUAACCAUCACAGGGCUCGAAGGAUUCUAGUGCUCUGGAAUUCCCAGAAAGUCCAGUUGCAGGUUAUUGAUAUGAAUGCUCAGGUAAUUCAUUGUGCUGUUAAAUGUUCAAUUUAUGCUAAAAUAUUUACUGUGAGAUUUGUUUAUGAUUUUAACUCCAUUGUGGCUAGUAAACAAAAUGUAGGGCCAUGGCUGCUCUUGGGGGAUUUUAAUUGUGCUUUUGCUGUUGAUGAGAAAAGGAAUGGGCAACCUGUUUCUACAUAUGAAAAUAAAGACAUCAAGGAAUGUUUUUUUGAUCUGGGGCUCUCAAAUUUAAGGUCUACUAGCUGUCACCUUACAUGGUCUAAUGGUAAGGUUGGGUGCAAGCUAGAUAGGGCUGUGGUGAACUCUAGCAGGAUGUUGGCUAGCUACAAUGAUCAUGCAGUCUUCUAG